CAGAAUCAAAUAUGUCGUCACUUCGUCAGGCAUUAUUAAGUUCCUGUCAUCGUUCACCUUGUCAGGAUCUUCUCAAAGAGGUCUUCCAUUCACAAACGGAUCAAAGUAGUAUUGAUGAAAUCUUCACGUGGAGAUUGUUACCUCAAUCUUUCUAUAGUCAAUGUCCUCCACAACCCUCCAUCAUCUGUGGUCCUCAGCAAUUGUUACGUUUAUUUGUUAAAUUACCAGAAGUGCUUGGCAAAAUGGACUUGCCUGAACUAAAACUUGGAAUACUUCUUGGAUAUUUGGAAAAUUUCCUAGAAUAUAUGGCAGCAAGACAUGAAGAUUUGUUUCCAGCUUCUGCUUAUGUUGAUGCAGUGUAAAACAGAUGUCUUUUGUUAUUAAUAUUAUUAUUAUUAUUAUUAUCAUCAUUAUUUCUAGAUCAGCAGAGCGGUUGAAAGGGUUAGAAUGGCCGGACUAAAUGCCUUGCAAUAUUAUUUUAGUUAUAUCCUUUGACAUUCAGAGUGCAGAUCCUGCUGCUUGGUGGGUGCAAAAUGUGUGUGUCUGUAUGUGUGUGUCUGUGUGUGUGUGUGGAGUUUGGUUGACUUUGGGAUUGAAAAACAAAAAUAGAACACCAGUACCAGUUAAAUACUAGGGUUGAUUUACUUGAAUGCAUUCUCUCUCUCUCUUCUAAUUUGUGGCUUUGUGCCUAAGAUAGAAAUUAUUAUUAUUAUUAUUAUUAUUAAUUGGGAUUGAUGUAGUCAAUUUACCCCUCCCCCAAUCUUGUUGGUCUUGUGCCAAAAUUUGAAAUCAUCAUCAUUAUUAUUAUGAAAGCAAAGUCGGUAAGCUGGCAGAAUUGGUAGGAUGAUGGAUGAAAUGCUUAGUGGCAUCUCGUCCAUCUUUAUGUUCUGAGUUCAAAUGCCGCAAAGGUCAACUUCCUGGCCAUGUACCAACAUUUGAAACUGUUAUUAUUAUUAUUAUUAUUAUUAUUAUUAUUAUUAUCAUCAUUAUCAUCAUUAUUAUUAAGGUGGCGAGCUGGCAGAAUUGUUAGCAUGCUGGACAAAAUGCUUCACAGUAUUUCAUCUGCCUUUACAUUCUGAGUUCAAAUUCUGCCAAGGUUAACUUUGCCUUUCAUUCUUUUGGGGGUCGGUAAAUUAAGUACCAGUGAUACACUGGGUCUAUGUAAUCAACUAGUCCCUUCCCCACAAAUUUCAGGGCUUGUGCCUAUAAUAGUAGAAAGGAUUAUUAUUAUUAUUAUUAUUAAUACUUAUAAAAGCUUUGCUGAGAAUGGUAUUGGUGAACAUAACAGCAUUUAGCAUUACUUUACCGUUUGUUUUCCAGUAAUGUUUAUUCUUCCAUAGAAUUCUUUAAAAAAGCUGGUUGCUGCUUUGUCAUAAAUAACAUCUGUUUGAAAUAAUAGCAUUAUAGAACAUAUAUAGUUCGGUCAGUGUUACUGUUUAGCCCCAGGUCAACCAUGAUUAAAUGUUUCCACGUCCAUGACCAUCACCUCUUGGUUUUUUCCUUUCCUUUUUUUUUAAUCAAGGGCUAAGACUACAUUAUCUAACAUAUCCUUUAUUUAAGUUGUAGACAGUAAGGUGUAAUUUGAGGGAGAUUUGUCUGCCAUUUUCUGUAGAUUAAGCUGCUGUGUGUAGGUUCCCUUGUUGGCUUGUGAUAUUUAUUGUAGUGUUUAGAGGGGGAAUGAUGUCUCUACUUCCUCAUCAUUCUCCACUCCUCCUUCCCCUCCACCUCAUGGUGGGUGGCAGCAGUAUCCUUGAUGCUAUGUACGUACCUGCUAUAUACUGGGGGACAGGCUUGAGGCAUUCUGUUUUAUUGCAUUACCUUCUCAAAAUUCAGCAUUGUUUUUACCAUGUCAUGGAAUGUACACACACACACACACACACACACACACACACACACAUUCAUAUACACAUACACAUGCAUCAACACGCAUAUGUAUAUACAUGCACACAUAUUUACGUACAGAUUCAUUCAUACACACAUCAACACAGAUACAUGCACACAUAUAUACAUGCAUAUAUAGACAUAUGCAUGUUGACAUCUACAUAUUCACAUGCAUACACAUGUAGACACAUUUGAGCAUAUUCAUAUAUAGGCACACACACUUACACACACACACACACACACACACACACACACACACACCUGCACAUAGAUGCAUACAUGUUGAUCACUAUUUCUGAUCAGAAGGGUGCCAUCUUAUCAGUGAGCAUAUACACAUACAUACCUGCAUAUAUGCAAGCUACCAUACAUUCACACAUAUAUCCAUACUUUCAUGCAUGCAUGUAUACAUACAUCAUACAUACAUACAUACAUGUAGACACUUUUGUGUACACACAUACAUGCAUGCACACAUGCACACACAUGUAGUCAAAUGCACUAACACACAUUCAGAAACACAUACAAUGACAUGCAUGCAGACACAUAUGCAGAUAUGGGUGCAUGCGUACACAUACGCAAAAAUACAUGUGUUGGUACUGCAUUCUAUCUUUUGCCAUCUCUAAAUGUUUAAAACUGUUAUUCUCUAAACUAUUGAUUACAAAGGAACAGGGUAGUUAAUUAAUCGAUGAUUAUAACUGUUAGGCAGAGUUAUUGGUGGUGGUCAUUAGGAAAGGUAUGGAGUAUAAUGUUUGUUGGUGUGAGGCUGUUGAGUAAUUAGAAGGAAAGACAGAAUGGGGAUGUAUUUCAUAAUGAAUAUGGUCUGUUCAUACAUGAACAUGCAUGCAUGUAUGUCUGUAUGUAUGCACACACACUCAUGCAUACACACACACACACUCAUGCACACCCACACAAGUAGACAUGCAUAGGCAUGCCUUUGUGCAGUCAUUUACUUGCACAAACACAUGCAUAAUCUGCACACAAACAGCUUCAGGUAGAUAGGAGGGGCUGGUUUGGAAACUGAAACUAAACUUGAUGACGGGUCAUGCCCCGAAAUAUUAAGUAUUUUCUCAACAUCGAUCAUGGUGAACCAGAACCUCCCCCCCACUUUUAUUUUUUCUUAAUUUUUCUGUUUUCAAUUUUAUUUUAUUAUUUUUUUUUUCAAUUUGUAUUUUUUGGCCUUUAAUUGUGUCACGAAUCUCAUUUCACACCACAUGGCAUCACGUCACAUCACAUGAAUUUAUACCACACUACAUGAAUUUCGUGUUAAACCACAUGACUACCCAUCACGCCACCCGGUCUUGCAUUACACCAUUACAACCUCACACCACGCUACAUGAGUUUCUCUUCCACAACAUGGUUUCCCAUCAUACCAUGUCAGGCAGCAUCAUUUUGCAUGUCAUAACUUCCUUUGCAUCAUCAUACCACAUGACUUUCCAUCACCCCCACAUGAUUCCUCAUCAUGUCAUAUGGUUUUCCAUCCUUCCCUUUCUCCUUCAUGACACCCCACCCUUCCACAUGACUUUCCAUCAUGCCACAUAUUUUGUCAUCCUUCCCCUUCUCCCACAUGACUCCCUCUCCCUCCCAAUAAUUCACCAUUCCUUUGAAUGACUUCCCAUUGUUCCUGUGACUUUGCAUUAUGUCACAUGGCUUCCCAUCAUACUAUCUCAUGCAGCAUCAGUUCGCGUGUCAUAACUUUCUUUGCAUCACAUCACAUGACUUCCUCUCCUUUGCCUCCUCCCACAUGUUGUCCCCAUCACUUUCAGUUCUCUCACAACACCUCAUCCUUUCAUGUGAAUUCUCAUCAUGCUACAUGUUUCCCAUCAUACCACGUCAGUUAACUUGUAAACAUCAGUUAACAUGUAGCUUUCUUUGCAUCGCAUCCCCCCAUCAUCCCACGUGACUUCCUCUCCUUCCCCUCCUCCCACAAAUGACAUUCCCAACAUCCUUCCCAUCUCCCCUGUCUCUUCACAUAUCCUCAUCCUUUCAUAUGACAUCCCAUCAUGCCACAUGGUUUCCCAUGGUACCUCAUCAUGCAGCAUCACCUCACACGUCAUUUUCUUUGCACCACAUCACAUGACCUCCCAUCAUGCCAUAUGACUUCCUAUUACAUCACAUCACAAACUGUGUGUGUUUAUUUCUAAUUUGUGUUUCGUGUAAUUUAAAAAAAAUUUUUUUGCUUUUGAAAUCUCCAUUUUUUUUUUUUGUUUUUAGAAGCCAUUUUCCCCUUUUACUCUUUUUCUUUCUUCGUAUCUCACGAGAAAUAGUUGACGCUUGACUGUUACCAACUGUGCUCCUUAUUUCUCUUUUACCCAAUGAUUUAGAGAUGCCAGGCAAAAGGUUUUGUGGUAUUUAGCUACAUCCCUUUAUGUUCUGAGUUCAAAUCCUUCCAGGAUCCACUUGGCCUCUUCUCUGUCCUGGAAAAAAUCUGUAUAGUAAAAGUACCAGUCAAAUACUGAAGGGUCAAUAUAAUCAACUGGUCUCUUUCCCCCAAAUUUCUAGCCUUGUGCCUAUGUAAGAGAGAUUAUCAUUAUGUUUUCAUUGGUUUUAUGUGUGGUUGUGC